AUGAUUAUUACGUUCUCAUAUUUUCUGUUUGGUUUUAUUCUACCAUUUUCAAAUGUCUAUUCCGUAUCAAUAAGCAACUUGACUUCCAACUCAUCUGAACUCGGAAAAUGUGAUUUCUUGAUCAGUGAAUAUAUAAACGAGUUAGAAGAAUCUGCAUACAGUUCAAAUGCUGCACUAACGUGCAAAAAUGUCUUGAACUGUAUCAACUCUCUCAGCGGCGAAUCUGCUCAAAAACUGAAGAAACUCUAUGGUUUGAGAUGUGAAAAACACGAAUUCCGAAAGAAUGACAUGAUAGAUUGUCAUUAUGAAAUAAUCCGACUACGAGAUAUCAAAUGCCCCUCAGAUUAUGAUAUUUUAGCUAUCAACCCCGGCGAAAGACGAAAAGCAUUAUAUGAAGAGCAAUCCUGCAUUUUAUCGAUUGUCAAUAAGUAUUGUUCAACAAAAGCAUUCCAUUAUUUGAGUACGAAUUACGAUCAAUUUGUAAACUAUCUGACUAUCAAACCGGAAAACGACUACUGUGAAAGUGUAUACUCGGAUAUAAACACACAUAAAUGUUUCUACGUGAGAGGAGUUGCGGAGGAUGAUUAUGCAAGAACCCAUGAAUACUUUUAUGUACUGAAAGAGAACAACGAAACAUUGUUGAAAAGUAGCAAACUGUGCAAAAAAGUUAGGGACUGCGGUAACGAUAAAUGCAAUACAAACUCUCCUGCUAAGCAAGUCGAACAGUGUAAUGAACUAGCAGGAUACGAAACUGAUUUCUAUGAAUGUAUCAUAAAAUAUGGGUAUAUUCGCCCGGUAUCGAUAGAUGGUUGUUCUGGUAAUAACACGAUGGAAUGUAUCAGAACUACAAUGCUGGAAAAGUGUGGAGAAGAAAGUGUUAUUGAAUUCGAAAGCAAUUACAAAUGGUUCAAUAAAAACGAAUAUGACAACAAAUACCGGAGAAUGAAUGUUAGUAGUAAUAACAUUGACAUUUCACUCCAGGAAAUGGUUAUAACAGCUGACGCGGCUAUUGGAAAAUGCGGACCAAUUGUGGACAAGCUGGUAAAUUACUUAAUUAGGGAAUCAACAGAAGAUUACAAGAAGCAAAGAAAGAUUACAGACGAAGCAUGCAGAAAAGUGAUGCAAUGCUAUGAGUCUUUCAACACUGAAGAGUCUCAAAAGUUAUUUGAGACUUAUCGAGUAAUAUGUGAAAAUAUUGAGUUAUACAGCAAUUCGCUUUUUUAUUGUUUCAAUGAUUUUUAUAUGAUUGAACGAGAUAACGGGAAGAAUAUUGAGAACAGUGAUUUCUUUUCGAGAAAUCUGACGAUUCGAAAACAAGAAUUCUUAUUUAAAAAGCCGUAUGUUAUGAACUACGCGAAGAAACACUGUUCCGAAACAGGAGUAGAAAAUCUUAAUUCAAAAUAUGAACACUUUGUGAAUUUGAUUACAACGAAACCGGAAGGUAACGAUUGCAAAUCUCAUUUCUCGCAAAUCGAUAAUCAUCAAUGCACUGAUCUGAUUCAUUAUACAAUGGAAGAUGUUGAACGUCAAGAAAUGAAUUCCACAUUGGCCAAAGAAGUUGUUGAGGAGCGUCGAUUAACAAAAAAAUGCAUUGGAGAAGAUGAUUGUUACGCAAAACAAACCGAACAAAUUCUGAGUUGGUGUGAAUCUGUAAAGUCGAAGGGAGUGUAUUUUUACACUUGUCUGGAUGAGUUGAGAGCCCAGAAAACGGAUUAUUCGGAUCAUCAUUGUGUAAAUACAACUGCAAUCGAAGCAUCGACUUCGGCAGAAUCAUUUUUGAAAAAAAAUUUCAAAACAAACAGAGAUUGUUUGAAAAUUAUAAUGUUGGAGAAGUGUGGAUCAGACGCGAUCCGAAGUUUCAACGACAAUUUUGAGAAUGUUUUGAAGAGCGGCUCGAAGCAGACUGAGGAUUAUGAUUAUGACUAG